AUAGUUGACAAUCUUUUUAUUAUGUAGUCUGUGGUUAGUGCCGUACUGUGUUAUGUGUAGUAGCCUGAAUUGUACGUGCUAAAAUUGUGCACACACGUUUGAUAUUUUUAUAUCUAUCAACUUUUUAUAAAGUGUAUAGUACCGUGCGUUUAUUAACAUAAAGUCAUUAAAGUGUUUUUCAAAGUAUUUAUCUGUUUGUGCAGUUCGCAACCAUAUUCAUACGUGUAUGGUAAAGUGUGUAACACGAAUAUUUUUUUGUGUUAACAACUAAGCAUCCAAAGUUGAAAGUUAUGGAAUAAGGCCUUGCUAACAGAUAUUUCUUCAACACCGUGAGAGAACAGCGCAAGAAGUCAAACCGUAAUGGCGAAUAGGCGUCAGUAAACCAAAAAACAAUGAAGCAGGCGCGAUCCCACCAGUUGAAUAGUUAGAAAACGACGUAAAAACUCGAUGAUUUGGCGCGCAAAUUGUUGAAAUAGACAAUGUGAUUAGCGAUAUCUGGCAGCCAAUGAAACACGUCGCGGGUGAAAUUAAAGGCUGAAUUUAUCAUUAUUCAAGAUGAAAUUGAAUUUAUUCAAACGGUCGAUGAUAUUUGCGACCUUUUUUGGGUCAUGUCUGUGUAUAGCUUUAAUAGUAGCGUCGUUGGGGACAACGCAUUGGAUAGAUGCGCGAGCGCAUAGAACGCACAGCCUUCAAGUAUCGGAGGGGAGGAUUAGCUUCGGCCUCUUCGAAGGUCGUAAGGAACUGAACUACGGUUACGGGUGGAGGAGCUAUGAUUUUAGUGUAAAAGCCGGAACGCACCCGGCUCGUCGCUGGGCGUGGUGUGGCACCGCGGCGUUGCUCGGUGCGGCACUUCUCUGCGCUGGUGGGUCAUGCAUCCUCGCGGUACUGAGCUCAGCGGCAAGAGCAAGGUGCUCACCACGCCCUCUGCUGGCAGGGAAUACUCUCGCUGUACUGUUCACUUUGGGAGCGAUAGCAGUAUGGUUGACAGAGUACUUCCUUCGGCUGCAGCACAACGUCAUGUCCGACGAGGAUCUGGCUGACACUUGGUCUUCCAGCGACAUGGCCGACCUUGGACUCUCGUUUUGGUUGGUGGUGGCGGCUUCGUUAUCAGCACUAGUGAACGACGUGUGCGUGCUGGUGGCGAUGGCGGACGGCCGCGACGCUGAUACCAUCGCACCAGCGCUAGAGGAGAAAGUCAACGGCGCGAUAAUGCUGUACUAAUACUCAAAUGACCCUUCUAGACGAACUUGAUCAUAUCGACUCUUUAUCCUUAGGAUCCUCGAUAGCUAUAUUUCUUUCUGCAUGUUAUAGAGGUUAUAUUUUUACAUCUGAGUACUUCUCAAAAUUGAAUGUCCGUAACGAAAUAGUUUUUCUAUGAAAUAUUGUUACGAAGAUUUUUAUGUCGUCUGUCUUUUUUUUUGUUCAUUCUAUCAAAUAAUAUAUAGAAUGAAGGUAUUAAGACAAAAAAAAAAACAAUAAAAGUUAAUAGCAUUUCAUAAAAACUAUUCGUUACAUACAUUUAUUUUGUGAUAUUUUGCGUCUCAAAGGAGUUAUAACUCUGAAAGAACAUUCCAAGAGAUUAUUAUAUUGUGAUCAAAUUGCUGAAACAUUCCUUUUACUCGAGAUUUGAUAAUGGUUGGAAGUACAUAACGCGUAUCAAUGAUAUUGAGUAUCUUUUUAAGACGCGUAAUUAUAAUUAAUCUUUUACAAAGGUCAGUAACUAUUUAAAUAUCUUCUUCUUCCUGACUUAUGUUUAAUUUUGUUCAUUUAUAUAUACUUUUUUCAGUGUAGAGGACUAAGAGCCUGUCUACAAUGAGUAGAGGAGGCCUAUAGUCUGUGAACAAUAUAAUUAAAAAAAAAAAUCGUACGACAAGAUGAAUUUUUUUUUUUUUUGUUAGUCAAUAUUACUACUAUGAACAAACAACUUGGAAAAGUACACAAUACACACGUAUAAAAAUAUAUUUAAAGUUUUUUUUUUUAUUUUUUAUAUGUCGAAGUAUUUCAAUGAUUUCGAAAGUGUUUUCUGCAACACUUCUGAUAGAAAUGUGAAUGUUAACGAAGGCUGAAUUAGCUCAUAAAUGGUUAUAAAGUAUUUUUAUUGUGAAUAAUCCGUCCAUAAUAAUUAGAUUAAGACUAAAAAUAUUUUAAGAAUCAUAGUACAUUCAUACUAACAGUUAUUCGAAGAAUAAUACCAUAUUUUUCGUGAGAAGUAUUUAAUUUAUUUUAUAAGUACAUUGCAUUUUGCGUUAUUUUCUAAUUUAUGAAAAUAUUUUCUCUUUUAAUAUCUGCAAUUUCCUUUUUUCGUUUACUAUACCCGUGCUAUGUACUAGCAUACUAGUGUUGAGGUUACACUACCUAAUAGUUAUAAAUAGAUAUCGGACGAUAAAUUUGAUGUGAUGUAUUUGAAAUUAGUAAAUUUCGCCUUUUUUAGGGAAUGAAACUCUGAAUGUAGAAUUUUAGUGUCAUUUUGAUAAUGCUUAUAAUCCGAGGUCUAUUAAUAAAAAUAAGAACAAACAGCAAAUCACGAGCGAAUUACUUUCUAAGCAUUAAGCAUAAUAAUGUAACGAUUUUAUAAAUAUUUUUGAAUAAUUCUCGAGUUCAAAUUUGUUUGUAAGCUUAAAAUGGGUAUCAAUAACUCUAAUAACAUAUCCUUACAUUUAUUACCUCAUUGACAAUAACGAUUAUAUAAUAUAGCUAUAUCAAUGCCUAUUAUAAUUUAGACUAUUUUCGUCCCCGUCCAAUUCUAGGGAAAACUUUCAAUUUGAACCUUAAGCAUGUCGCUUUAGGUUGAAAUAUGAUUGAUUACUUUACCACCCUACUAAUGAUCUAUAUGUUUGUAACUGUUAUUCAGUUUUCUCAUUGGUAAUAAAUAUUAUGCGUAGUUUA